AUGUCAAGCAAUGCAACUGCCGAGCUCGUACCUAUGCCAAUGGUUGUGGCCACAAUGGCAUUCUCUAUCGUUGGCUUCAUUGGGAAUGGAUUAAUAAUCAUAGCAACUAUUAUGUCACGCCAUUUGAGGAAUCGCUGCAGCAUUUUGAUUUGUAUUUUAGCUAUGGCUGAUUUCACUAUUUGCGCAUAUUUGAUACAACUUCGGGUGCAGAUGUUUCGAAGAUGGUAUUUUCACAAGAAUGUCGAAUGCUUUAUGCAAAGCUUCUAUGGACUUUUCGCACUGAACAUCCAAGCCGGCAUUGGUCUUGUCAUUGGUAUUGACCGACUCUUCGCUGUAACCUUUCCUAUAAGAUACUCACGACUGCCGAAAGCUCUCUACGUAACUAUGGUAUUGUUCGUGCUGAUCUAUGCAGCUUUACUGACAUUCUAUGGUUAUUUGGACGCAUCAGAUAACAUCGUACCAAUUUGCCUUCCACCGACGGCUUUCAACAGUAGAUCGCGAGCAGUGUGGAUUGGCUCAAAUGUCGUCAUUGCGUUUCUGGUCAUAAUGGUAUAUAGCACCGCACAUGUAAAAUGUCACCGCCUAAGUGCAAAAAAUACGCACGAGCAAAGUGUUGAGCGUAUUCGACGUCUGCUACAUUCACUUUCUAUUGUUAUGGGUAUCUAUAUUUCAACGUGGUUCGUUACAGUGCUUGCACUUCUCGUAACACAGAUCUUUCCGCUUAACCCUAAAGUUGUGAAUGAAAUCAACCAGCAGCUAGGAUGGCUAGUGAUUAUCAACGCUUCCAUGAACUUCUUCGUAUACUUAUGGAGAGCACCUGAGUAUAGGAAAGUCUUUAUGUAUAUCCUUUGCCUGAAUAGAAGUCGAACACUCAUCGAUGGUACAAUGACAAUAAGUCCUGCAAGCGGUACCAGCACUUUCCGGAAGUCUUCCACCAAAAAUAACGCUCCCAUGCGAUGA